AUGGUUUGUUCAAAAAAAUUAUUGUCUUUAUUAGCCGGCUGUAUCGUUGUUAUGGGUGAAUCUGCCCCGGUUGUCACCGACUCACCAGAAGGAGCAAAAUAUGUUGCUAAGUUCGACGAUAAGCUUCAGGGAUCUGUUGAAUUUUCUUCAGCUUCAAAUGGUUCCGUCACUGUCAACGUCGACUUAGAUGGCUUUCCUGCCUCUGGUGGUCCUUUCACUUACCAUAUUCAUGAAGCACCAGUUCCAAGCGAUGGAAACUGUACUGGUACUAAGCUUCAUUUGAAUCCUUACAAUGGUAACCCAAAUGCUACCGAACCUAGUGAAUUAGAAGUGGGUGACUUAUCGGGUAGACACGGUGCCGUUCAAGGUACCUCGAUUGAUGAAUCUUUUGUUGACCAAUAUAUCUCCCUUAACGAGAAUAACAAAGCCUUUAUUGGUGGUUUAUCUGUUACUAUUCACUACAAGAACACAUCUAGGUUAGCUUGUGCUAAUAUUACUGAAGAGUCUUCUACAACUACUCCUGUCGCUACCGCAUCUGAGAACGGUGCAAACGUGGUUGGUGGUAUGGGUGGAAUUGCAGCCGCAGCCGCUGUUGCUUUAGGCUUAUUAAUUUAA